AUGUCCAGGAAAUUUUUGUUAGCAAUAUUUAUUCUACAACUGGCAUGGGCCGUCCAAGUAGAAGAUGAACGUGAAGAGGCAGCCAGUGACAAUGUCAGUACGUCCGGGAUAUAUAGUUUCACCAUCGAAGACAAAAGGUAUUGUCCCCAAUGCAACCAUAGUGAAGACAAUCCUGACUCCAUAAGCAGAGAGCAUGUGGUAAACAACACCAUAAAUAGCAAAGAGGCAGAAGAAGAGCCCACCAAAUGCGGCGAGAAUCUAUACUUAAAAGUGGAUUCAGGGACAACUUCAUGCGUAGCAGGCGAAGACUGUGGAACUGGAUCAUUCCCUGGGACUGAUAGUGCUGGUAAUAGGAAGUGCAUUUCUUGUAGCGAUAGCGCUAACGGAGGCAUACAACACUGUAGUGAAUGCUCCUUGCUCGCUCCUACGAGUAGAUCUGUCACUGUCCUUAUCACGUGCUCUAAAUGCUCUGCUAAUAAUCUUAGCCCUUUGGGCGAUAAAUGCUUAAGAAAGUGUCCUUUUGGGACAUAUGAUAAUGGUGAUAACGUCUGUGCUCGCUGUCAUGAAUCGUGCGCUAGUUGCAAUAACAGUCCUGAACCUACUUCUUGCACUUCUUGUUAUCCAGGGUUUGUACUGGAUCACGCUGGUGGGCCUGCUGGCACAUGCAUCCCAGAGUGCACGGGAAGAUACGCGGAGAACUGCGAGGCUGGCCAGUGCACGGCUGUUGUGGGAACGUCCAAGUACUGCAGCAAGUGCAAGACUGGAUACGUCCCAGUAGAUGGUAUUUGCGUAUCGACAGCAACAAGAGAAGUCAUGGGAUGCACGCCAGGAAACGACGGGACAUGUACGGCCUGUACAGGUACAUAUUUCUUACAAUCUGGUGGCUGUUAUCAGUCAACAGCGUAUCCUGGUAUGAGAUUAUGUGAGCAAGCUCAAGAUGGAAAGUGCACAAAGUGUGCUAACUUGCAAGCUGUAGAUAAACAGGGCUCUUGCCCCUUGUGUGAAACUGGAUGUGACCUAUGCGGUACUUCAAGGACGACAGCAUGCCAGGCUUGCUUUCCUGGAUACUAUCACUCUGGCACUAAAUGUUUUAAGUGUACAGAUGAUAGUGAUGAAAGCGGUGUGAAAAUCACUGGCGCCCCUAAUUGUGUAAGCUGUGAACCCCCUAAUCCCGGCAAGUCUGGUCCUGUUACAUGCUAUGUAACACAGCAACCAAAUAACGAUAAUACUGGGUGGUCCAUGAAUAGUAAUGCACUUUCCCCGGGGGCCAUUACAGGGAUCUCUAUUACAGUUAUCCUUAUUAUCGGUGGCGUGGCUGGCUUUCUUUGCUGGUGGUUCUUUUGCCACAAGAAAAAAUAG